AUGGUUGAUUUAAAAUCUAAGUUUGACGACAUUGAAAUGUUGGAGAUUCCCGAUGAGGAAACCACCUCAUCAGAGACAGAAUCUAUGUCUGAAUCCCAAAAUUCAUCAUCAGGAUCAGAGAAUAGAGAUACUGCUAAACAACCACGUACAUAUAUCGAAUUGAAAGAUUGGAUACUGACGAGCAAACCUCUCGAUUUUCAAUUCAACUCGAAUGAAUAUAGACAAAGUUUGACUGAGGAUGAUGAUUUUUCAAAAGCUCAUACCAUGUACGUCAACUCAUUAUACAAGAUCAUUGAAGGGUUGAGCGAUGUGAAUGUGUCGAAAGUGCCAUUGGAAGAAGAAAAAGAUUAUCCACCAAUAGGAGUUAUUAGUGACUCUCCUGAUAUAGGGCGUAAUGCAUUGAAAGAAUACAGAAAUCAAAAAUUGAGUGAAGCAUUCUUAAAAUUGGUUGAAUUUUUCCAAGAGUUCUUAAAGCAUAUAGCAGGAUCAGUCGAUUACGAAAAAUAUCAAAGAUAUCACUUGUUAUUGAAUAUUCUUGAUUGUAUCUAUGCUAAUAUUUUCUGUAAAGACGUUAGGUUUAGACCUGAGUUAUUGUGCAAAUGGGUUAAUAGAUACGAUAGCAAACCAGACCAAGAAUUAGUAGAGGAAAUCAUGAUAAAUUGCCCCAAACCUUAUUUACAUGCUCAGUUCUGGAAUACGUAUCUCGCUCAAUUGAUCACCAGAGGUUGUUUUAAUGAAGCAACGGAUGUGCUUAAGAAUUCCAAAUUCGAAGAAUUAGAGGAAACUGAACCAAGUCUUUACUCAAUAAUUCAAGACUUUCAGACCCUCAUAGGAAACUACCAAUCACUUUCAUUAAAAGGUCAAUUCAGAGAAUGGAUCUUAAAAGCAUCUGAACUUAGAGAUUCUUAUAGUAAUUUCAAAGCAGACAUUAAAGGUUCAGAGAAUGUCUUAAUUGCGGACCAAAUAUACGAAUUAGUUUGUGGUAUUACCGGUCUCACCAAAACCCUCUCUGCAUUAACAUCUACUUGGUAUGAGUUAUUUCUUGCAUUAUCCUUAUAUCAUACUCCGGAUGAUGAGCUGGUCACAAUUGAAAAUUAUAAUAUUGCUAUCAGGGAGAAGCCAGCGGGUCUCGUUGACGAUUUUGAAGAUGAUGAAGAAAUAUUGGUUGAGCAUGCAUUUAUAAACAUCUUGGAAGCCAAUCUUUUGAAAGUCUUAGAAACUAUUGCGAUAUUUGACCAAGCUACUGCCGCAUACGUUUCAAGGUUAUUUGAGUUGAAAGGUGUUUUAACUAGCUACUAUCAAGGAUUGUUUCAUACUCAUACUGCCAACGAGCUUCUCAGCAAGAGAACGGUCUCUGAAUAUCUUUUAACAAAAAAUGCUUAUGAGAACUUGAAUUUCCAUCCAUUGGUGCCAGCUGGUUUAGGAAUAUUAAUGAACCCCGAUAUUUCACUGUCUGUUGAAUCAGCUAAAAAUAACCGAAAAGUGAUUAGUGAUUUUCUUCCAAAUUUUGAUUUUAAGACAAACGAUGACUUAGAAUGGGGGUUAACUAUUUGUGCAAAGUUAAACUUGGUAUCGACUGCUAAAAAACUAUACUUAAAAUAUGGUAAGAAAUCGCUAAAAGAUGGUCAUAUUUAUGAAGCAUUGAAUAUGUUUGUUCAAUGUUAUGACCCGGAUAGUGGAUCUGAAGAAUCAAGUGAGGGAAUGACCCAAGUUCAUGACCUUGUUUGGAAUAGUUUAUUCCAAGAUAGUUUAAUUAAUAAUAGACCAGUUAAAGAUGAAUUGAUUAAUAAUAUAGUUGAACAUAAAGUUGAUGAAAAGUUUGAGAUUCACCCGGUCAAUAGACAAUGUCUUUCGCCUUAUGCUGUUCUUAUUGAAUUUUUCAAAUCAUUAGAAAAAAUUGACGAAUCAACUUCGCCAAUGAAAGUUUUAUCUAAAUUGGUUCAUUUAAUCAGAUUUAAUCAUUUACCAAAGAAAUUCAUACCAUUAUUAUUAGCACAAAUUUUGCCAUUUUUCCAUAAUAAGAAGAUUGGUAAGUUCCAAUUACCUGAUUUAAUUAUUAUUACUGAAUUAAUAGAUAAUUACGAAAGCCAAGCCACUGUCGAUGAAUUGAUCCAAGGUGAUGAAGUAUAUAAGUAUUCAAUUCAAAACUACGAGAAACAAACAUCAAGUUAUGAUUGGAGAAUUUUAUUAAAAGAGUCCCAUGUUGAAAUACCUACUGAUUCAAAAUCAUUAACUAGAAGUUUGAGAAAUGAACUUGUGGCCAAGAUUGGGAAAGUAUUUAUUGGCAAAUAA